CUAGCCUCAAAAUUUUCCAUCAAAAAUCGAGUAUUUAUCACUGGCGAUGCUUGCCACACACACUCUCCGAAAGCAGGACAAGGGAUGAAUGCAAGUAUCAACGAUAGCCACAAUCUAGGUAUCUUGGAAAUUGCCCUAGUUGUUCGCGGGUGGGCAGACAUGCCCCUUUUGUCAACGGCAAGCUCUUCAAGUUGUGCAACUUAUGAAUCGGAGCGCCGUAAAUUCGCAUUAGACCUGAUCGCGUUUGAUAAAAUGUGGACCACCCUUUUCUGUGGCAAGCCUCUAACUGAGCAGAACAACGAUGGGGUUUCACCCGAACAUUUCUUGAAGACUUUCCAGACUGACUUCACCAGUGGCCUUGGGAUACAUUAUCGCCCUUCAGUUGCAGUAACUGACAGAAACCAGGAGCUGGCUAGUGGUCUCAUCCUCGGUAAACGUGUCCCUCCAUACAAAUUCAUGCGUGCAGCAGACGCAUGGCCAUUCGAGCUCCAGGAUCUUCUUCCUUCGGACUUCCUCUUCAAAUUACUUGUUUUUACUGGUGAAUUCAACGAUCCGCUUCAACAAGCGAGGGUUGAGUCGAUGGUCACGGACAUGCAGAAACCCGAGAGCUUUCUGAACCGUUACGCGACGCAUGGGAACUCACGAUUUGACAUCACCACAAUCAGCAAAGGCCAGAAGGACACAUUUAAUUUCUUUCUGCUCCCUACGCUUCUUCGCUCUCAUUGGUCAAAGGUGUUUAUCGAUGACACAGAUCCCACUGGUAACUUCAGGGGAGAAGGUUACUCGUAUUACGGAGUGGGACCUGAGGGCGCUCUGGUUGCUGUUCGUCCUGGUGGCUAUGUUGGAGCCAUCGUGCCACUGGAUCACGUUGGGGGCCUUGAUGCGUAUUUCGCGUCUUUCAUGAAGAUUCCCGCUGAGGCUUAA